AUGGCUGAGGUUGUUGGUACAGUUGCAUCUGUUGCUCAGCUUGUCCAACUGAGCGGUGCCCUACUCGCUGGCGGCUACAACUUCCUAUCGAAGGUCGCGCGAGCGCCCAGCGAGAUCCGGAGUCUCCUGACGGAAACCGCGGCCGUCAACAGCCUUCUCGCGCAAUUACAGCAAAUCGCAGAUACGUCGCCCAAAGCAGCUGCAGACGAUGCGCUGCAGGCUCUUGAACGGGUCGGUGUCUUCCAAGAAUGCCAGUCCACGCUCAAGUCGAUCGAGCGGGCGCUGGCAAAAUGCGAGCAGGUCAAUGGUCAAGAUGCAAAGAACCUUGGGCGGAAACUGAUGUGGCCGUUCAAAGAGAAAGAGACCAAAGACGCUCUGAAGAGGCUUCAUCAUAUGCGUGGAUUACUUGCGAAUGCUAUCGAGGCCAACUCUGCAUCCGCGAUUCGGCGCAUCGAGAUAGGUCAAGGUCUGAUAUCAGACGAGAUGAAGAAUAUGUCUGAGCAGCUCCGUGCGCGGAUGAGUCGUGAGGAGGCACAGAAGGUAAUAACGUGGGUCUGUCCAACGCCAUCUGAUGGUGCGCAUGCCAGUCUUGCCAGCGCAUUGAGUCGCCAUAUUCCUGGAACCGGAGAAUGGCUCUUAGGCUCCAAGGCGUUUCAAAAUUGGAAAGAGUCAGAUUCUGGCACCAUGUGGAUUACUGGUCUUCCUGGGGCUGGGAAGACGCUUCUUUGUGCUUCUAUUAUUCGACAUAUUCAACAGAUGUACACGGAUACCACCUCGGUCGUGUACUUUUUCUGCGAUCACCGUGAUCGUGCGAAAAUGACGCAUGAAAACUUCGCUGCAAGCGUCGUGAGGCAGAUGAUGGAAGCUUCACCAUUGUCUCUCGAACCAGGCAGAGCGCUGUACAAUGAGAAAUCUAAGGAAGGCAGUCGUCCUUGUCCUAAAGAUGAGUACAUACCACUGAUCUCUUCGGCAACGGUAUGUCUGAAAGAGGUAUUCGUCAUCGUAGACGCGCUCGAUGAGUCCACUGAAGGUGAUGCUAUAGCUCAAAGUCUCACAACAAUACACAACUCCGGAAAGAGCGCGGGCUGCCGUAUCAGAACCCUUCUUACGAGCCGAUUCGAUGCUCGCACUCAAGGGCGAUAUCCAAACCUUAGCAUGACACACAUCGUUCUUGCAGAGAACAUGCGUCCCGAUACCCAGCACUACAUCAAAGAAGAACUUCAAUUGCGCUUGGCCAAGGGUGUGUUGAAAGCACGGUUGCAGAUCGACUACAUUUGUGCAGCAAAGUCGGAUAAGGAAAUCAAGCAUAUGGUACAAACAUUACCGAAUGGGCUUGGAUACACGUACCAAAUACUUCUACACAAUAUCGCUGCACGAUACCCAACUAAGAUUCAAGAGGUACAAAAGUUGUUCCGGUGUCUUGUUGCUGCUGCUUCACCCAUGACUGCUCGCCAGCUAGCAGAAGUCUUGGCCAUCGAAGACGAGGAAAACGAUCUGGACCUUGACGCCGUAGCUACAGAUCCGUACGACGUUCUGGAGCCUAUAUCUGCGCUUGUACGCAUCGAAGACCUGAGUGGGCUACACAGCGUAAUUAAGCUCUGUCAUUACUCAUUUCAAGAGUAUCUUAGCUCUGACGACAUCCAAAAAAGUCCAGCCCGUGCAUUUCACGUCGAAUUCAACGAGGCACAUGCUUGGAUGACUGGUUUAUGUCUACGAUACCUCACUCUGGAGACAUUCAGUAAACCGCUAGACGAAAGCCUGGAUUUGGACGUUGAUGAGAGAUACGCGUUUCGCCAGUAUGCCGCGUUCAACUGGUACAGGCAUGCGAAGCUUGCAGGAAACUACUGGUCAGCGAGGAAUAGUUCCAUCCCUUUCGCGUACCUCUUUUUCGAUCCUAAAGAGGGGCCAACUUGCUAUAGAAGAUGGCAGGAUUCGCUUGCGAACACCUAUAUCGACACAGAGUUCUUCGAUUAUUCUCCCAUAUGCUUAUGCAUUUGGCUCGGACUGAACGAUGUUGCAAUCGAAUUAAUGCAGCAAUUACCAAGUCUAGACUAUAACUUCGAAGACGGUCUGACAUGCCUGGCAGCAGCAGCAAAAGAGCACAAUCUUUGGGUGACGAAAUAUCUGCUAGAUCAUGGUGCAAACGCUGAUCAGCCAACUUCCGAGCCAGAAUUCAAAAGAGCUUUGACUCCGAUACAUUUUGCGGCCGAGUUUUGUAAUCCUGAUGCGUUGGAAUUGUUGUUGCAUCAUGGAGCCAGUCCACAUAUACCCUCAACAUCCGGAGCCACUCCGUUCUAUCGAGCCUGCCGUGGUGGAGAUCUGGAUAUAGUGCGAAAGCUCAAGGAGUACGGUUGCGAUAUCAACGUACGAACUUGGGACAACUGGACACCAACCAUCGAGGCAAUUGCAAAUGACCAUGAAGACGUACUGGAUCUUCUGCUCGAGUGGAGCGCUGAUCUAACUACUGUUACAGACGAUGGCAUGACGCCGCUGACGUUUGCCAAACACCUCUCCCAAGAUUCGAUGGUAGACAAGAUCGAGCGUGCGACUGCUGGAUUGAAGCAGAGUCUUCCUGACAAUGAGCCUGCAAUCUAG